GUUUGGUCAAUUCUUACCAGGGUAGUUUUUCGUUUAACGAAUAUUCCUUGGUUUAAAAUGAAAACUCGCGGCAAAUCCGACAAUUCAAACGCGGGGUCCGAUUCAAAAAGCAGGGAUAUAAACGAGGAGGUGAAAACGAAAACAAAAUGUGUCACGCCGAAGAAAUCGAAUCCUCUCGGGAUGACGGAGCAUGAGAUGUUGUUGGCGCUCGAUGAAACUGGUGGGAGGCUACGUAAACGGAAGUUCGCUCAGUCGUACCACGUCGAUAUGAAACAAUGUCCGGUGUCAGGGUGCGACUCACGAGGACACCUAAUGGGAAGAUUUGAGCGUCAUUUUACGCUUGCUGCUUGCCCCAUAUAUCACAACCUGACCCCGGAAAGAUGUAGAGCAAACCAUGAAGCCAACGAAAGGUUGAGGAAGGAUCAAGCAGAGGAUGCUGGGAGGGAUCAAGUCAUCGUUCAUCACAACACAAGGAACCAAACAGAAGUAGAAGCAACUCCAAGCCAAGCUAAGUAUCGGAAGAGAGUCCAGAGAAGCAGGGAGCAACAUUCAUCCUCUGAGCAUCGGAAGAGCGAUCCAGAGCAUCAAGCAGAGCAUGGAGUGAAGGAACCUCUUCUUAACCAUGUCGCUUCCGAAUACGACCUCAACUUGUUCCGGCAGGCACAAGCACUGGCAUCCGAAGGGUUGGAGCACGAACUGGAACGUUUGCAUGAAUCGGGUUUGUUGUCGCAAGAUGGUUCGAACCCGGAUCGAAGAAUCAAAGUUAUUGAGAUCGGUCGUUACGAGAUGGAUACUUGGUAUUCCUCGCCCUACCCUGAGGAAUAUGUUCAACUUCCUAAGUUGUAUAUUUGUGAAUUCUGCUUGAAAUAUAUGAAGAGUUCAACCAUUCUGAGAAGGCAUAUGGCUAAGUGUGUAUGGAGACAUCCCCCAGGGGACGAGAUUUAUAGAAAAGGAACGAUUUCUGUGUUUGAGGUUGACGGUAAGAAGAAUAAGAUAUACAGCCAGAACUUAUGCCUGCUGGCAAAGUUAUUCCUUGACCAUAAAACACUUUAUUAUGACGUCGAACCGUUUCUAUUCUAUGUGAUGACGGAGGCUGAUUUGACGGGCUGUCACAUGGUGGGGUAUUUCUCAAAGGAGAAAAAUUCUUUCCUGAAUUACAACGUGUCGUGUAUUUUAACCAUGCCACAACACAUGAGGAAAGGGUAUGGAAAAAUGAUGAUAGACUUCAGUUAUUUACUCUCAAGAAAAGAAGGAAAAACUGGAUCUCCAGAACGACCGUUGUCGGACCUUGGACUUCUGUCUUAUAGAAGUUAUUGGACAGAUAUUAUUAUUAGUUAUUUAUCAAAGCUGGAUGCGGCUGCUGACUUGGUGAUUCGAGAUAUCAGCCAAGAAACCGCAGUCCACCCCGCUGACAUAGUAAGCACUUUACAAGCCCUGCAGAUGCUUAAGUAUUGGAAGGGAAAACAUAUCAUAUUAAAGAAGCAGGAUAUCAUUGAAGAUUGGUUGAGAAAACAAACGAAGAAGCCGGCCGAGUUUUCGUCUCGUGCGAUUGAUUCAAAAUGUUUGAAAUGGUCUCCUACACGCCAGAAAGAAUAACAAAAAUCGCAAAAUUGACUGUUUUUGGGUUAAAUCCUUUUCAAAGUUAGUUUAAUUUUAUGAUAAAUAUUUUUAUACAAGUUGCAUGAUCAUCAUGACAAAAUGUUUUUAUUUCAAAUUAAUAAAUUACAAGUUGUAUAACAACUUUUUGUAUGGGUAAGGUCCAACAAUGUGACAUGCCAUGGGACCUAAGAUUUAGGCCAGGGUUGGCCCAUUACCCAAUACGUAAAACAACUUGCCUAUAUAUAUUAUGGGCAAAUUUUGUAGUUUUUAGUCAUAGGUGGUUGGUGUUACACAUUUGUGCAUGCUUACCAUAUAAGGUGUUGCAUCAUCAUAAUUAUAAUUGUUUGUUUACAAUAUUCAUUGUUUGGUAACAAAGUUUAUUUUUGUUCACACGUUUUCCCCAACUUUGCCAGUUUUAUAAAUUGUUUUAUUGAAACAUGGAUUGUUUAUAUUUAA